CUUAACUGCUAAUAGAAAACCCAGCAACACAUACAGGCGAUGUGAAAUAUAAAGACAAUGGGCUUGACUCGACAAACAUUUUACUCCAGAUCACACCACACUAGAACAACUCAGACAUUCAACUGAGGGGCUUGUUAGUAGUUGUUUAUUAGUUUUAGAAUUGUAAACACUGACGCAUUGUAAGAGAUGUUAGCUUUUCAUAUCCUUUGUACAUUUGGUACCCUAUUUUAUUGAUCAUAACAGUGGCUGUGUUUAGAUCUGCUGCCGUUUCAGUCAAUGGAUGGACUGUAAUGAGUUACUCUGUCUUCUUGUCAAAGGGACGGGUCCCCAUUGUAAUUGAAUUGAGGUCUGUAAUGAUGUAAUGUGUCAAUGACCGGGGCUAUAUAUGCAAAGCUCACAUCUCUGUCCUGUUGGGAGAAAGGGCUGCAGUCAUGUUCUGUGCAACUCAAAGCAGAUGCGACUUGAACUUGUUCAAGCUGUUCACCAGGGCUAAGAAACAUGAGUGUCAGAAACAUCUGUGUACUGGAAAUGCAUCGAAGCCCUACACCCGUCUGACAAACAAAACUGUAAUGCCACAUCCAGUUCACAGGACACAGAGAGUUCCAGGCUACAAACCUUCCAGAUUUGACAAAAAAAUCUUCCUGUGGUCAGGCCGCUUCAAGACAGAAGACAACAUACCUGCCAUUGUGUCGUUUGAAAUGUUGGAUGCUGCAAGAAACAAGGCUCGAGUAAAAACCUGCUACAUAAUGAUAGGAAUGACGGUGAUUGCCUGUUUCGCUAUGAUUUUAUCCGGUAAACAGGCUGCCGGACGUCAUGAAACCCUCACGAGCUGUAAUCUAGCAAAGAAAGCAAAAUGGAGAGAAGAAGCUCUGCGCGAGCAGCAGAUCGCAUUGGCAGCUGCUUCCAAGAGACCUUAAAACAGUGUGUGUUUGUCACUGAAUGUCAAGGAGAACCAUUUCCUUAAAUUGUUCACAUUUACAGUGUAUGUUAUUGUAUUGGGGGAUAUCCUAGGCUAUAAUUACUAUGGAUAAAUAAAAGAUAAGGUAGAAAUACAUGCUAAAAGGCUGCUGCAAAACCUUUUUGAUACCUCAAUUUUUGUAUUAGAAUUCAAGGAUAUGACGUUGAUGUUGAGUUACCACAAGAAAUAAUGGUCACAUUUUGAUCACAGUACAAGGUGAAGUGCAAACACAAUUACCCUAUACAUCAGAACCAUGAAGGACAUGGCUGCUUGUGAUUGACCAAAUCGUCAAGUUGUUAAGUUGAAAAAUGGUCUAAUGUACUGUAGCCAUAGCAAAGUCACUCAAAGUAUCCAAGCACUGUCAACCAGAUGCUGUUUUAGAUACACAAACACAAAGUGAUAUAAUUCAAGAAAACAUGGUAAAUACAAGAAUUUAGAACAUUAGCCACAAAGUAAUAUGACAUACACCAAAAUACACAAUCUCUGGUAAUUUAACAAACAAUCUUUAUAAAAAAUAAAUAAAUAAAUAAAUAAACUUAAGCAAUUUCAAAUAUUUGACAAAGGUAUUGGCACGUUUACAUUAAAAGUCUGUAAAAAUGUUACAGAACUAAUUUAAAAUUAUACUAAUUGAAUGAAAACCACUACACAGUAACUAAGCUGCAUUAUAAAGUCAAUAGCCAGUAAAAGCGGUAAUUAUUUUCAGCAUUUGUUGAAUAACUUUUUAAUGGUCAAGACAAAGGAGUUGGAUUCACGUUUGAGAACAGCACUCAUAGCAAACUACAACAAAGGAAAUGGCUACAGAGCACCAUCAAAGAAAUAUGGAAUACCAAAAUCCACAUCCAGAACAAUAAUCAAAAAGUAUGAUUGAACAAAUUCAACUGAAAAGCUUGAAAAAAAGUGGACUUCCAAAGAAAAUUAUGGGUACAGCAGUUUAGAGAAUCGUCCGAGCAGCUUAAAAAAAAAAAAAAAAAAUCCAAGAUCAACAGCUGAAGAAUUUAAAAAAAAUGUAGAAGCAUCUGGCACAUUAGCAGGGUUCUAAAUUAGCAACAAAAAGGGCAAGGCCAAAACAGCCUUUAGUUCAAUACAUUUGUAAAGGGCACCAAGACCACUAAACUGAAGUCAAGGCCAAAGUGUAGAAUUUUGUGUAAUUCAUAUAUAAAGCCAAUUAUUGGCCACAGAAAGAAAACGAUUAACUUAAUAGCUAUUUAUUCAUUCAAAAAAUUAUGUUUUUUGGUUGUUUUUUUUUUUUUAAAUCAACCAGCAGCCUAAACAGGACUCCAGACAAAAUGUUUGCCUUUGGAGUCUGUGGCUCCUAGGCUAAAAAAAAAUGUGGCCAAAUUAAAUUGUUGGGUGCCACUUUAUGAGAAACUGAUUAAACUGCAACUUAAAGACACUAAAAUGAUACUAA